GCAAACAACAAGCACCAGCCACCGGAUCCCGAUCUAACGGCUCAGGCGGGCGGGCUCCUCACAGCACCUUCCAUCGCCAUUGGAGGAGGAGCGGAGCUCGUGCUAGGGUUUUAGCGCCGCCGUCCCUCUCAUCCGCCGCGCCCAGCCAAACACUCCAGCCGCAAACUCAGGGAACCAAGCCGCCGCGCGCGAUGCUCUACAUCGUGGGCCUCGGCCUCGGCGACGAGCGCGACAUCACGGUGCGGGGGCUCGACGCCGUCCGCCGUUGCGCCAAGGUCUACAUGGAGGCCUACACCUCCCUCCUCUCCCUCGGCCUCGACCCGUCCAGCCUCUCCAAUCUCGAGAAGCUCUACGGGAAGGAGAUCACGAUGGCCGACCGAGAGAUGGUGGAGGAGCGCGCCGACCAGGUGCUGCGCGAGGCCGCCGACGCCGACGUCGCGUUCCUCGUCGUCGGUGACCCAUUCGGGGCAACUACACAUACCGAUUUGGUUGUUCGUGCCAAGAACAUGGGGGUUGAAGUGAAGGUGAUCCACAAUGCAUCUGUCAUGAAUGCAAUUGGAGUUUGUGGGUUGCAACUUUACCGCUAUGGAGAGACUAUCUCCAUACCAUUCUUCACAGAGACAUGGAGACCAGAUAGUUUCUAUGAGAAGAUUCAGAACAAUCGCCGGCAUGGGCUGCACACACUUUGCCUACUAGAUAUUCGUGUAAAAGAGCCGACGUUAGAGUCUUUAUGCAGAGGAAAGAAAGUGUAUGAGCCACCGCGGUUCAUGACCGUAAACACUGCAAUAAGCCAGCUUUUGGAGGUGGAGGAAGCACGUGGGGGAUCUGCAUUUAGCAAGGAUUCACUAUGCAUAGGUGUAGCUCGCCUUGGAAGCGACGAUCAGAAGGUUGUUUCUGGCCCUAUGGAGAAGCUACUAGAUGUUGAUUUUGGCCCACCCCUUCACUGCCUGAUCAUAGUGGGAGAGACUCAUCCAUUGGAAGAAGAGAUGCUAGAGUUUUACAUGAUCAAGUAGUGAUCUACACAGCCUACUUCCCUGCAAAAGUUGCUUCAUGUGAGUUUCACACAGUGAAUUGAUUAAGGGAAUAUUUAGACAUUUUCCCUGUCAACAUUGUUGUAUCAAUACUCGUAUUGUCAUUGCAUUGUUGAAUCGGUAAGUUGUAGCCAGUUGGAUGCAGAAUCGCCCAUGAAUGAUAUUUUGACGUUUGCCGCACCCUGCAAUUGGGUGUGCUAGGAGUAGUUUUCUCCUCAGAUACUCGAAUGUGUAAACAAAUCCGGGAUGGACUGUAUUGUUUCGCAAUGCGAAAUACUUAUGACACA